AUGGCUCCGAAAGAACAGAAAGCACUCGUCCUACCGUCCAAGGGCGCCGAUCUCGUUGUUCAAAGCGCGACGGUACCCUCUCCGGGUCCGGGCGAAAUCCUCGCUAGGGUGGACGCUACGUCCCUCAACCCAGCGGAUUGGAAGUUCGCGUUCGCCGACCCAUACCGGGAUUUGCUCCAAUACCCCGCGAUCCUGGGCUUUGACGCCGCCGGAGUAGUCGAGGAAGUCGGCGAGGGCGUCACGAACCUCAAGAAGGGAGAUAGAGCUACAUCUUUCUACCUCCACAGUCUAUGGGAGGGCGAUAUCAAGCCUCAUCGCGCAACGUUCCAGCAGUAUGCGCUCGCCACGGCAGAAUUUGCUGCCAAGGUCCCCGACAACGUCAGCCUCGACGAGGCGGCGUCAAUUCCGGCGACGCUCGCGACGGCAUAUUUGGGGUUGUACAGCAAGAAGAAGGACGACCGUGGAGGUGGCGCGGAACUGACGCCCUUCUGGCAAUCUUCUACCGCCUACGCCGGACAGCCGUUCGUGCUGUUGGGUGGCGCCACCUCUAUCGGCCAAUUUGUAAUCCAGCUUGCCCGCCUGUCUGGCUUCUCCUCUAUUAUCGUCACUGCGUCUGAGAAACACGCUGAACACCUCAAAUCCCUGGGCGCAACGCAUGUCCUCUCCCGCACGCUCUCUACGGAUGCCCUGCGCGUAGAGAUCGGUAAGAUCACGUCGCACCCCAUCAAGAUCGUCUAUGACGCCGUCAGCGUUGCGACAACACAGCACGCAGCGUGGUCGUUGCUCAGCACGGACGGUGAGCUUAUUCUUGUCCAGUCACUCGCCGAGGGCAUCGUGCACGGCGAGGACGGGAAGGAGCUCGUGCAGGUGUCUGGACACCCCGAAUGGGCCGACCAGCAAGAGGCGGGACGCGAGCUGUACGCACGCGUAACCCAAGUUCUGCAGGAUGGGUCGAUUAAGCCACAUCGUGUUCAGUUGCUUCCUCGUGGUCUCGCUGGGAUUCCGGAAGGACUGGAGUUGCUGCGCCAAGACAAGGUUAGCGGCGUUAAGUUGAUCGCCCGUCCUCAAGAGACGGUAUAA